GUGGAGUUCUGAAGACAAGCGUUAUUCUCUAGUUUUGAAUUUUAAAGCAUCGCUAUGGAAAACUCAAACACGGACUCAUUUGAAAUAAAUUCUAGUAUGACAAGCUCUUCUUCAACUGGUAGGACUGUUGAUAGUAGUUUCUCUGCAAACGUCGAGAGAGGAAGGGAGAUUCUAAAGUUUCUAACACAUUCUAGUGUGAAGAAUUACGAUAUAAAUAGUGACUCGGAUGACUAUGGAACUAGUAGUUCAAGUGAUAUAGAUAAAUUGUGUAGUUUAUCGCCAAAGAUCUCACUGCAUCAGAAUAAGAAUAGAGAAGGUCUAAUGUCAACGAACGAAGCUUGUCCUCCUCGCUUUGGAGUCUUGAAUGAGAAGAGACCUGACUACGAAAGACCACAAGUUCUCAUAGAAUCAAGUGGAAAUGAGCUAAUGAUGGAAAAUCACAGAAUUCAAAUGGAAAUAUAUUCUGAGCGAGAGCGUAAUGCUGCCCUAAGCAAAAGAUUGGAACAUGUCAUGGAUAAACUAAGUCAGUAUAAGUCGGAAAAAAAAGCUUACUUACACCGCAUGGAGGUCUUGAAGCAAGAAGUGAUCUAUCUUAAAAAUGAACUGCACGAAUAUCACUCACAAUCGAAGUCAGCUCGUGAAAGAGAAUAUGAAUUACAGUCUCAACUUAAAGGCUUGCAGAUAAAGCAUGAGCAAUUAUUUAAGGACUAUAUGGAUUCAAAGGAACUUGUGGCCACUUUGAAGCAAAAACUAGACACGAAGGAACUAGUUAUCUCACAAAUGAAGGAAAGGGAAGAAAAAUACUUUGAAUUGGAAGAAACAUGGAAGCUGGAACGUGAUUCUCUAGUCCGAGAAUAUGAAGAUUGCCUGUUGAAUUACAAACAGCUGGAACGAAAACAUGAAAAAUUCCAGUACAGAUUUGAGAAUGACGAGGAACAGUUUGCUACUGUUGAAAGAGUGUUACAUGAGCAAAUAGAGGAGCUUGAAAGAAAGGAGGAAGCUAAAGAGGUGGAAAUAGAGAACUUGCGAAAAGAGAAAGACCUAUCAUGGCAUGAAUUGCAACAAGUGAAGAGAGAAUUAGCAUUAAAGACGGAGAACAUUCGUAACUACGAGACUCAAUUAAUUUGCACUGAGGAAGCAUUAAGAUUCUCGAAAGAAUCAGCUACCCGUCUGGAGCAGCAACUCCAUGAUUGGCUUGAGAAGAGAGAGCAACUUGAGAAUCGUUUAGAGGAACGUGAAAAACAAAACAACCUACUUUAUUCAGAGAAUGCGGACCUAAGAAGAACUCUCAAGGAGUGUCAAGACAAAAUAUCAGAACAACAGACAGAAGUAGAAAUCUACAAAGACAAGAUCAGAGUAUUUGAAUCUUUAAGAAACUUGAUAGAAGAGAAGGCUCCUAGUAGUGUAUUUGAGUUGAAUAAUAACCGCAUAGACUCAGCUCAACAGACUGAUGUAAGUGGACCUAUUUACGAGAGCGAACUUGAAAACUUGUUCUCGCGUAUGUGUAAAUCAUUCAUAGAUUUCAUUCAUGAGUUGCAACUUCCAAAUGAGAAAUACUUCCAGAAUACAAAUGGGAGAGGACACUUUGUCGGAGGACGUGAAAGUUUAUCAAUCAGUGACCCUAUCGUGAAGAGUCCCAAUAAGAACUCUCCUCAUUUUCCUAUUGAAAGCAAGCAAAUUUCUGCUCAUCCUAGGUUCUCUCACGACAAAGACAAAACAAAAGAGAGAGAUUUUGACAAGUUUCAGGAUGACAAUUGCAGUGUAUUUUGUAUCCCUGAGAGUAUCGGCAGGAAUACGGAAAGUGAAAUUUCUCAAAUACAUGAAUGGAAGCUUAAGCUGAUGGAGUGGAAAUUUUUAUUGGAUGUAAAUAUGAAGCAGUUUCUUUCAGUAAUGCAGGAUAAGAACGUCGCAGCGACAGUUAAUCGUCUAUCGGAAGAGUUAUUUCUUUUGGUGUCUAAUCUAGAGAAACUUCAAAGCAGUUACCAAGUUUCAUCCAAGGUAUCUAUGGAGCAGAACAUAGGCAGCAGCAAAUCAGCUUUGAAGCCAGAUCAGGAAAGCAUAGUUCUAGGAGCAAUUUUGACACAUAUUCUUCAGUUGAGAAAUUUGUGGCUUCACGAAGUGGAAAUGAAUCAUGUCCUUCGAAGUAUGCUAUUAUCUACGAAUGUUGCUGAUAGUCAUUUUUCCGGGAAGCUUUGUGAGUUUCCUCAACUAACCAACGAAUACUCCAGCUUGCUAGAUUCCGAUUACCUUGACCGAGACAUAAUAGAAUAAGAACUCCGCUUUCAGUGGCAUUUUAACAGACCUAUACUAUACCGGUAUAGAAUCAUUUCU